AUGAUGGGUAGAAGAUACAAGGCUGCUGUUGCCUGGGAAGCAAACAAACCAUUAGUCAUUGAAGACAUUGAAGUCGCCCCACCAAAAGCCCAUGAAGUCAGAAUCAAAAUCUUAAACACCGGUGUCUGUCAUACUGACGCCUAUACUUUAAGUGGAGUCGAUCCAGAAGGUGCCUUCCCCGUAGUAUUAGGACAUGAAGGUGCUGGAAUUGUUGAAAGUGUUGGAGAAGGGGUUACUAAUGUCAAAGUUGGUGAUCAUGUUGUUGCAUUAUAUACUCCUGAAUGUAAGGAAUGUAAAUUUUGUAAAUCGGGUAAAACUAAUUUAUGUGGUAAAAUUAGAGCUACUCAAGGAAAAGGGGUUAUGCCAGAUGGUACUUCUAGAUUUAAAUGUAAGGGCCAAAGUUUAUUACAUUUUAUGGGAUGUUCUACAUUUAGUCAAUAUACUGUUGUGGCCGAUAUUUCUGUGGUUGCUGUUAAUCCAGAUGCACCAUUCGAUAGAACUUGUUUAUUAGGAUGUGGUAUUACUACCGGAUAUGGAGCUGCUACUAUUACUGCUAAUGUUCAAGCAGGUGAUAAUGUUGCUGUUUUCGGGGCUGGAUGUGUUGGGUUAUCGGUGGUUCAAGGUGCUGCUCAACGUAAGGCUGGGAAGAUUAUUGUUGUUGAUAUCAAUAACAAAAAGAAAGAAUCGGCUGAAUUAUUCGGUGCUACUGAUUUCGUUAAUCCAACUGAAUUACCAGAAGGUGUUACUAUUGUUGAUAAAUUGAUUGAAAUGACUGAUGGUGGUUGUGAUUUUACUUUUGAUUGUACUGGAAAUGUUCAAGUUAUGAGAAAUGCUUUAGAAGCUUGUCAUAAAGGAUGGGGACAAUCUAUUAUUAUUGGAGUUGCUGCUGCUGGUAAAGAAAUUUCUACCCGUCCAUUCCAAUUAGUCACUGGUAGAGUUUGGAAGGGAAGUGCUUUUGGUGGUGUUAAAGGUAGAACUCAAUUACCGGGAUUAGUUGAAGAUUAUUUGAAUGGGAAAUUAAAAGUUGAUGAGUUUAUUACUCAUAGACAUCCUUUGGAAAAGAUUAAUACUGCUUUUGAAGAUAUGCACCAUGGUGAUUGUAUUAGAGCCGUUAUUAAUAUGUAA